ACAUGUCAAAAUGGCCUCAUGCCCACCUUGAUGCGCCCCGCCCUGCCGGCCGUCCAGACCUCGCUGGGCAUGAAGCAGUUCCUCCCGUUUCCGUUGGAUACGGCCUCAGCGGUGAGCCUCUUCCCCGGAUUCAGCGCGAUGGACCCCGUGCAGAAAGCCGUCCUCCAUCACACCCUGGGCCUCCCCCCCGCCGUAAAGAGGAGGCACGUCUCCUGCAGCGUUUGCCGGCUGAGGUUCAACUCACAGAGCCAGGCCUUGGCCCACUACAAGGGGACCAAACACGCCAAGAAGCUAAAAGCCCUGGACACUCCGAGGAGCAAGCUCAAAGGCUCAGCGGUCGCCAAGGAAACCGCCAACCAGGAGACCGCCAAGGGCAUCAACACCUCGCGGGUCCCUGACGGCACCGACAGGAAAGAUGGCGUUUCCGGAGCAGGGCCCCUCAGACCGCCGCCACCCGUGGCACCUUUGGCCCCCUUCGCACGUUUGGCCCCCCCGGCCCCGUUGGCCCCCCCGACGACCCUCACGACGCCGCCCCCGCCGCCGCCUGAGGCCCCGGCGAUAGCACCGAGCGCCGCCCCAGAGACCCCCCCAGCCGGCGGAGGAUGCGCGAGCCUCGAGUCGCCCGCAGAACCGGACCUGGAGCCAAAGGCGGAACCGGAGGCCGAGGCCCAGGCGGAGGCCCGGGCGGAGGCGGACGCGGCCGCCGAAACGGAGGAGGAGAAAGCGCGACGUCUUCUGUACUGCUCGCUGUGCAAGGUGGCGGUCAACUCCGCAUCGCAGCUGGAAGCUCACAACAGCGGUACCAAACACAAGACGAUGCUGGAGGCCAGGACCGGCGUGGGCUCCAUCAAGUCUUUCCCCCGGUCGGGCGUCAAGAGCAAACUGGCCGUAACCGUCAAGUCAACAACGGGCCUGCAGAACAAAACGUUUUUUUGUGAGACGUGCGACGUGCACGUCAACUCAGAGACUCAGCUGAAACAGCACAUCAGCAGCCGGCGUCAUAAAGACCGAGCGGCAGGCAAACCGGCCAAACCCAAGUACAGCCCCUACAGCAAACCGCAGAAAGGCCAGAGCGGGCAGCCGGUGAAGCUGCCCAUGGGCAAGGAUCCCCAGUGCCCGCCCCUCGCCACGCAGAUGCUACCCGCUCACCUGGCGGCGGUGGCGGCCGCCCUCGGCAACGCAUUCACGCACCGCGCCAACCACGUCGCCAACCACGUCGCCAACCACGUCGCCAGCCACGGCCCGAGCCCCGCCCUCUUCCAGACCCGGGCCCUCCCCGCCGCGCUGCUCCGCCCGGCCCCGGGGCCCGUCAGGACCUCCCACCCGCAGGUCCUAUUUGCCCCCUAUUGACCUCGCUCGACCCGCCGGGUCUGCUUCACCCCGACCGGACCUGAGGAGCCUGUUCUCCUUCUAUGCAUCCGGGAAACACCUCCUCUCCUCUCCGGUCCCCUCCUCUCCUCCCCUCUCCUCCUCUCCUCUCCUGUCUCCUCUCCUCCUCUCCCCUCCUCUCCUCC